AUGGCUUCUCUGCUCAACGCAGCACUGCCAGCGGCCAUCCAGUCCCGAAUUCCCAAGUUCCCGACAAUCGGCCGGACGGUGAACAUACAGGCCGCCUUUUUCCGAAACGACGCAUCAGCCGAGCUUAUCCCGGCCUCUGCGCCCCCUUCGCCCCCAUCCUCUCGCUCGUCAAGGCCGCCCACACCGCCAGCCGAGCUCCUCCCCGUCGUCGGCAUGGCCGGCGCAGAUCUGGCGACCCAGGACGCUGCGUCGAGGCAGAGCACGCCAUUCCGAGGAUGGGGCAGUCGGCGGAACGGAAGCGGCGACUCGACGGGACUUGGCCUCGUUCUGGCCGGUCCCAAAGGCGCCAAGACGGCCUCGCCGGCAGCAGAGGUGAACUGGAAGUAUGGGCAGAACGGACUCCGAACUCUGGAGAGCGCCUUGCGCGAGGCCGGCGACCCGGACCGCCUGCCUGCACUAGAGCGCCAGCUCUACGUCGAGAGCGUGGCCUACCUGCUGCGUGGACUGCCGGCCGAUCUCGACAGCGGCGAGCUGCACGGGCUGCGCCAUGCCGCACCCAGCGCGCUGCUCGACUCGACAUCCGGCGCUAACCGAUCCCUGCCCCAUGUGGUGACACAUUGGCUGGUAACGCGGAUGUAUGGACUGAUUCUGCUGCUGAUUCCUGUGGUCACGUGUUUGGUCCGCAUUGCCAUUGAGCUGGACCGCAAGUACCACAUUCCCGAGGCCGUGUUUGCCUGGGGCAUGGCCAUGUUCCUGGUGCUAUACAAGAACUCGGUCGAGCUGUUUGUGGCCGUCUGCAACAUGGCCGACGGCCGGGUUGGCCGGGCCUUUGACGACGGUACCGCCUAUGUUGCCAGCGGCGUGGCUUCCGGCUUCCGCGAGGCCGUGCUGGAGGUCGUCCAGAAAACGGGCUGA